GGUAUCAGUCUACGUCCGAAGAUGAGAACGUUUGCGCUGUUUGUUCUGGGAGCGGCUCUGGCCGUCGCUUCUGGGGCGUUUGUGCCCAGCACGAGCCAGGUCAAGUACGCCGAGAAGGAUUGGCUGCACAAGCAAGAGGAUCUGCUGCUGCUGUUCCGCCAUCUGUACGAGAAGGACUGGAAUCCGCAGCUGGUGGCGUACGCCAAGAACUUCCACUUCAAGGAAAGCGCCGAGCUGUUCCAGCACGAACCGACCGUACAGUGGGCGAAAAAGCUGUGGUCGUACUACGAGCAUGGCCUGCUGCCCAAGGGUGAAGUGUUCUCCGUGUACGACGAGGUGCACCGCGAGCAGGCGAUCGCUCUGUUCCGUGUGCUGUACCACGCCAAGGACUGGGAAACGUUCUACAAGGUGGCGGCCUGGGCCCGCUACUACGUCAACGAGGGUAUGUUUGUGUACGCGCUGACGGUGGCCGUCACGCACCGUGCCGAUAUGGCCGGAUUUGUGCUGCCAGCGCCGUACGAGAUCAGCCCGUACCACUUCAUCAACACCGAGGUCAUCCAGAAGGCCCAGCAGUACAAGAUGCAGGGCUACUACGGCAUGAAGAAGGUGGACGGUGUGUACACGGUGACGAUCCCGAGCAACUACACCGGCUGGUACAUGCACACCAACGCCGAGCAGAAGAUCUCCUACUUCACGGAGGACAUUGGACUGAACAGCUACUACUACUACCUGCACACGGACUAUCCGUUCUGGCUCGGUGGCGAGCUGUUUGGCCUCAGUAAGGACCGUCGCGGUGAGCUGUACCUGUACGAGCACCAGCAGAUUCUGGCCCGCUACUAUCUGGAGCGUCUGUCGAACGAUCUCGGCCACGUGCCCGAGUUCUCGUGGUGGACCCCGAUCGCGACCGGUUACUAUCCGGACCUGCAGUACUACAAUGGACACAGCUUCCCGGCACGCGACAACUACUACCACGUCGAUCAGGAGUCGAACUAUCGCGAGAUCCGCCAGGUCGUGGACUACGAGAAGCGCCUGCGGGACGUCAUCGAUCAGGGCUUCUUCGUGCUGCCGGACGGCAAGAAGGUGAACCUGAGCACGCCCGAGUCGAUCGACGUGCUGGGCAAUCUGAUCCAGGCCAACCCGGACAGCUACGAGCACCGUUUCUACAAGUAUGUGGCGAUGUACGCGCGCAUCAUCAUGGGCGCGGCCAUCGAGCCCGUCGAGCCGUACCAGGUCAUCCCGAGCGCGCUGGAGCACUACGAGUCGGCCAUGCGCGACCCGGUGUUCUACCAGAUCUACAAGCGCAUCGUCGCGUACUACCACCAGUUCAAGGAGCAUCUGCCGGAGUACACGUACGAGGAGCUGUACUACCCGGGCGUGAAGAUCGACGGCGUGGUGGUGGACAAGCUGCAGACGUACUUCGAUCGCUUCGACGUGGACAUCACCAACGCCAUCGACAUCGAGCCGGAACCGUACGUGCCGGGCAAGUACGAGGGCUUCGGCGAGAUCGAGUACAAGCCGGAUCCGGUCGUGAUUAAGGCGCGCACCAUGCGCCUCAACCACAAACCGUUCACGUACAAGAUCAGCCUGACGGCGGACAAGCCGGCCAAGGCGGCCGUGCGCGUCUUCCUCGGACCCAAGUACGACGAGUACGGUGGACUGUACACGCUGAACGAGAACCGCGAGAACUUCUACGAGCUGGACUACUUCGUGCAGGAGCUGACGGCCGGCAAGAACGUGCUCACGCGCAGCUCGGUCAACUUCAACGGCUAUGUCAAGGAUCGCACCUCGUUCUACGAGCUGUACCGCAGCGUCAUGGCCGGAUACACCGGGGCGGAGAAGUUCCAGCUCGACAUGACCGAGGCGCACUGCGGCUUCCCGAACCGGCUCAUGCUGCCGAAGGGCAAGAAGGGCGGUAUGCCGUUCCAGCUGUACGUGAUCGUGUCGCCGUACAAGGCACCGCAGGUGUCCCAGUACACUGGCUUCGAUCCGGUGCUGUCGUGCGGCGUCGGUUCCGGCGCGCGCUACAUGGACUCGUACGCCUUCGGCUAUCCGUUCGACCGUCCGAUCGACGAGAAGCUGUUCUACGCUGUGCCGAACGCGUUCUUCCAGGACGUCAGCAUCUAUCACAAGUCCGAGGGUGAGCUGUAGGAAUCUGUAUGCUCUAUCGCCAGGUUUGCUUAACAUUGACGCAACGGGGAAAAACACGGAACGUGCGUGCGUCGAGUGUGUAAAUAAAACAUGCGGUAACGAUAACGCACACGCUGCUGUAUCAAGAA